AAUUAUUGAACUGAAUGGCCACAAGCCACCCCUCACCUACAAGCGCUUCCAGGCCAUCAUUAGCCGUAUGGAGCUGCCAAAGAAGCCAGUGAGCACUGUAAUAAGCCAGCAGAUGGAAAUGUGUAAAGUGGACAUCCAGGAGAACCACGACGAUGUGUACGGGGUCCCAUCCCUGGAAGAGCUGGGCUUUCCUACGGAUGGUCUUGCCCCUGCAGUUUGGCAAGGCGGGGAGACGGAAGCCUUGGCACGGCUGGAUAAACACUUGGAAAGAAAGGCAUGGGUUGCAAAUUACGAAAGACCAAGAAUGAAUGCCAAUUCAUUGCUGGCCAGCCCUACAGGACUCAGUCCCUACCUGCGAUUUGGCUGCUUGUCCUGUCGCUUGUUUUACUACCGUCUCUGGGAGCUGUAUAAGAAGGUAAAGCGGAACAGCACACCCCCCCUCUCUCUGUACGGACAGCUUCUGUGGCGGGGGUUUUUCUCAACAGCAGCCACAAACAAACCCAAGGUUGGUCGUAUGGAGGGGAACCCCAUCUGCAUCCAAAUCCCCUGGGACAGGAACCCCGAAGCAUUGGCAAAGUGGGCAGAGGGCAAGACAGGCUUCCCUUGGAUCGAUGCAAUCAUGACCCAACUAAGACAGGAAGGGUGGAUCCACCAUCUGGCCAGGCAUGCGGUGGCCUGCUUCCUGACCAGGGGCGACCUCUGGAUCAGCUGGGAGUCAGGAGUCAGGGUAUUUGACGAACUGUUACUGGAUGCAGAUUUCAGUGUAAAUGCAGGCAGCUGGAUGUGGCUUUCAUGCAGUGCAUUCUUCCAGCAGUUCUUCCACUGUUACUGCCCUGUGGGCUUUGGACGUCGCACAGACCCCAGUGGUGACUAUGUUAAGAGGUAUCUGCCCAAACUAAAGGGCUUCCCCUCACGAUAUAUCUACGAACCAUGGAAUGCUCCAGAGUCUGUGCAGAAAGCAGCCAAGUGCAUCAUUGGGGUGGACUACCCCAAACCCAUGGUGAACCAUGCGGAGACCAGCCGACUGAACAUUGAACGCAUGAAGCAGAUUUACCAGCAGCUGUCGCGCUAUAGGGGGCUCUGUUUACUGGCAUCAGUCCCUUCAUGUGUGGAAGAUCUCAGUGGCCCAGUCGCAGACUCGGUGUCAGGGCAGGGCUGCAGCACCAGUACAGCGAUGAGGCUGACACAAGCAGACCAGGCUUCUCCAAAGCGCAAACACGAGGGAGCAGAAGAGCUGUGUGCUGAAGAACUAUACAAACGAGCCAAAGUGACGGAUCUCCCUGCUCCAGAGAUCCCUGGCAAGAGUUCAUGAUUCCAGUGACAAACACCUUGCAAGUGAAGAGUGAGAGUGCUGAAGAAGGUGACCAGAGGAGUAGGGACUGCUGCCACAGAAGGACUGGAACUUGGGAUCCGCAACAGAAAAUCUGGAGUCUCAUAUAAAUGUGUAAUUCCAAUAGCUGCCACAAAAGGGCACUGCAUUACUUGUGCUUGGGAAUAUUUGGCUUUCUGGUCUCCAGAGAGACAAAUGUAUCUCUUCUCAGCCAUGCUCAAAAUCUGCCCACACUUAAGGGGGCAAGAGCCUUCUAUCAGCUUGUUCACUCCCGGGUGUAUCUUUCUUUUCUGACAAUGGCUCAGUGCAUGUG